GAUGGAUGUAGCUGCUAAAUGUUGUUAAAUAUCUUGUUGCUAACAAAUUCAUUUAGAAAGGAUAAACACAGUUGAUCUACUCUGUGAGUCCAUAUAUGCAGAAUCUCACCCUCUGUUCUGAGCCCCUCAGAGGUGCAGAGAACAUGCUGAAAUCUGCUGGUGCUGUAUUACAGUCUAUCAGGUGUUCACGCUGGGGGAGUUCCAGGAGUGCUAAACAUAGCUUCCUUAUCUUCAGCUCCUUGACCUCACUGGAAGCAGAAUCCAAGUAGCACUGAUGCUUGAAGAUUUCCCACACAUGAAGGCCACGAAAUAUCUUCAUUCAGAUAAUGAAAAGGAAGGGUGUGCUCUGCCUUGGAAGCUUUCCCCCUGCGAAAGAAGGCAAAAGGUUCAGUCGCAAAGAAGUUAAUAGGGUGGUGUUUUCUGUUGUGAUAUAAUGCUGUAGAGGCCAUACUCCUUUCCAAUUAUGAAUGUUUAACUGAUGGCCAACUCUGCUCUGUCAACAUGACUAGUUUUUCAAAGAAAGGAUUAGACUAGUGAGCAAAACUCAGCACUAAAUGAUAACCAUGAAAAUAAUAAAAAAAAAAAAGAUAAAAAACAGCAACCACCAGCUAUUUAAUAAGAAGACUGGCUGUUCUUUACCCUACAUGAUUCUCGGGUUUUAUAGAGAAGUGAAUAGGUAAUUUAAACGUUCAGUACUACAAUACAGAUGGGAAAAUCCGGGGACUUUGGCCUUAAUUCAGAUGCCCAGCCUUGAACAACUGCAUCCCGCCAGUGUGUUUCAAGCAGGGAGUACUUUAUUUGCAUCAUCUCUGCAUCAAUGAAGAGUCCAAGUAUGGCUUUGUUCAAGCAACAGAGGGUGGAGGACGUUUACGAGAUUGGGGAAGAACUAGGAAGUGGCCAAUUUGCUAUUGUGAAGAAAUGUAGAGAAAUAAGCACCGGUUUGGAGUACGCUGCUAAGUUCAUUAAAAAGCGUCAGAGUCGGGCCAGCCGUCGAGGGGUGAGGCGUGAGGAAAUAGAACGGGAGGUGGACAUUCUGCAGCAGACCCUGCAUGCCAACAUCAUCAAGCUUCACGACAUCUAUGAGAACAAGACGGAUGUGGUUCUCAUCCUUGAGCUGGUGUCUGGAGGAGAACUUUUUGACUUCCUGGCACAGAAGGAAUCUUUGAGUGAGGAGGAAGCAACCAGAUUCAUCAAGCAGAUUUUGGAUGGUGUGAAUUACCUCCACUCUAAGAAAAUUGCUCACUUUGAUUUAAAGCCUGAAAACAUUAUGCUUCUUGACAAGAAUAUCCCUAUUCCACACAUCAAACUCAUUGAUUUUGGCCUGGCUCACAAAAUAGAAGAUGGAGUUGAAUUUAAAAACAUUUUUGGAACUCCAGAAUUCGUAGCUCCAGAAAUAGUGAACUACGAACCACUGGGGCUGGCUGCAGAUAUGUGGAGCAUAGGAGUCAUCACCUACAUACUGCUUAGUGGUGCAUCACCUUUCCUUGGAGAAACUAAACAAGAAACGCUCGCUAACAUCACAGCUGUGAAUUAUGAAUUUGAUGAAGAAUUUUUCAGCAAUACCAGCGACCUGGCAAAAGAUUUUAUUCGGAAACUGCUGGUGAAAGACACACGGAAACGUCUUACAAUUCAAGAAGCUCUGUCUCAUCCAUGGAUAACGACUCACCAGCUGAAGGAAGAAACAAAAGUCGAAGAAAACAAGAAGGCUGAGAACACACAGCUCAAGACAAAACGACUGAGAGAGUACACCAUAAAAUGCCAUUCAAGUAUGCCUCCUAAUAACACCUACAUCAACUUUGAGCGCUUUGCCCAGGUAGUAGAAGACAUUUCAUUUAUGGAACGAGAGGUCAGCGCUUUGGCUGCAUCCCACGACUCUUUGCAGGAGGACAUUGAUGCUCUGGUUUCCAUUUAUAAUGAAAAAGAAGCUUGGUAUAAAGAAGAAAAUGAAAGCGUGAGGCAUAAGCUGUCUCAGCUCAAGUAUGAAUUCCGCAAAACUGAAUCUCUGAAAAGACAUCUACAAGAUGAUAUCAAGGCUGUAGGUGCCAGUCUUACAGUCAUAACUGGGAAAUAUGCUGCUCUGCAGAGUCAGUACGAAUCUCUCAGUCAAGAGCUUUCUGAGGAUCUUAAGUGGAUACAGGAUUUGAUGAGUAAUUUUCAACUGGAAAAUGGAAAUGAAGCCUGUGUGAAUGGAAACUUUGACUCUGUUUUCAACAAAGAUAUCAGUGAAUCCCUAACGGAUCUAUUAAACAGAUCGUGCUGUGAAGAAUUCCUUGCAGGGCUGAAUCUCAGUGUGGCAGAAUCAAAUCAGUAAUGUUCUACAUCAGGUUACAUGCAGGCUUUGCUGCCUCUCUCAAUGUACAACAGUUAAAAAAAAUAACGUUUCAGUGCAUAAUCUCCACACACAAAAACAUUACCUAGAACUGAAACAGGAAUUCUGAUGUGUUGCACAAGUUGCUGACCAAAACCCAAAUAUAAAUUCCCAGCGCUUAAGUUUGUAGUGUUUAAGUUCUUUCCCAUGCUUGGUGUCUGAACUUACAGGAACUGGGUUAUCACUGUAGUAUGGACCACAGCUAACCUGCAUCCUUUUGCAUUUCCUAUGUCAUACUUAUCAUACGCUACGGUUCCUGAAGUUCACUAAGUAAUGAAUGCAGAGAAGAGAGUUCAGUCUGUAUUCACUGGGCUGGGUGCCUAGAAACCAAUAAAGAAUUAAUGAUAGCAUGUCCAUUUGGAUGAAAGAAAUAGUCACCUAGAGCUGCUGUGGGCAGUUCUACAGAGCAGAUGGGAGAAGAAUUUGCAAGUAUUUGCAAAAAAAUUAAAUCUGUGCUGUAACAUGAAGUAAAUGAAGUUAGCAGUUUAGUAUGGGGAAAUUCUCUGUGAGAAUGGCUGCUGCUGAAGAACAGUUAAAAUCAGGCUUUUCAAGAUGAAGUUUUUAGGCCUGUAAUUCAGAUUGGGAUCUUCUACCAUCAAGUGUUAGCUAAUGAUUAAUUCUUCAGUUUAAAAUUCAGUGGAGUUUCUUGUCCCAUAACAAAGAAACUUACUCCAAAGACAGAAUUACGAGUUUGUAACGAUCAAAUUACUGUGUAUAUCAUUUUGCAGUGCCAAUAUUAAAAUGUGAGUGAUGACAAGCAGUAACAUACAUGUCUGAUUUGCUUUCUGCAGUAAAGAUGAGACAGAACUACAACUAAUUAAUAUGCCAUGUGGGAUUGAGGACUAACAUUCUUGGUGUGAAGUUGUUGGGCUUUUUUUAAGUUUUAGAAAGUAAGAGAAAGGUUGUCCCAGACUUGAAUCCUGACUUGUGUUUCAAAGAUUUCAAUUGAUUAUACUGUACAUUCACAUGUACUUUGACUCAUUUUUAGACCCAGUAAAUUGUUCUUUGUGCAGAUGGCAAUUCUUCCUUGAUUAUGUAGUCAGCGGCAAAAAAGGAACUGUGAGGCUUUUUUUUGUACUGGGAAGAGUUGUUGGGCAUCUGCUUUAUGCCCUCUUUGCUUAGCUAUUUGAAUUUGCUUCAAGAUAACUGUUACACAGAUACAGGAAUUACAGAGGUAGUAGCCAGGAUUCCCUGUAUCCGUGAUCAGGUCCAUCCAGAGUUGAUCUCGAAAUGUAGUAGAAGGGGAGAAUUUAAUGAUCUUCCUGAAUUUGAACCACCGUUGUUCAUAACAUUGUUUCCUACUUUGAGAUAAAAAUGAUAAAAGCAUACAUUGAUCCAGUUUGUGUAGGGCACAGGGGAUCUGUCACUGUCACUGUGAGGACAUACAGAGGCUGGUGGAAAUGAAGGGUCCUGGAAACAGUUGCUCAACAGGGGUGAUGUUGACACUGUCAUGGUACUUGGAGGAUGGAGUGUGCUCUCUGGCAUCUUGCUUUGCACAAGAGGUAAUAUUUUAGAUACCCAGGAGAUGUCCCUCACAUACUGAUGCUGUUGGCCGGGGACUUUUGGACUCCAGAGUGCCAAGCAGUAUUGGAAAUAUUAACUGUCUCAGCUUUUGAUUGGCUGUGAAGGCUUCAGUCAUCAUUUCUGCAGGCUCCUUGGAGCUACAAGAUGCAGGAGAUGCUGUCCAGACAAACUGGAACAUCAGACUUUUUGUUGUUGUUAAAGAGAGAGUUUCAACUCUUAAGAAGUAACUUAAAGACUACUGAGAGUCAGUAUCUGCAUAAAAGACCCUCAGUGAAGAGUGUCUGCCUUCCCUCAGCUGUCAUCUCACAUCCUCUGAUCUGUGUAGAUUUUCUUGUGGAACAAUGCACUGACAUGACGAGAAGGAACAUGAAAUGAGGCCACUCUGUUCCCGAGUGUUUGGGUGAGGUCAAUGUUUUUGUGACUCAGUCCUUGAGGUCAGUGCUCUCUGGGCUGAAAGGGGUAAAUAACACUGUUUUUGAGAAGGUGUUCUGAUGAUUGAGAAGAUGACAGGGUCAUUGUUUGCAGGCUGCUUAGCAAUUGGGAGAUAGUUAUUAACAGCUGGGAGCAGUGUGAAGCAAGCUAUUUUGAUUUGGCAAUGGCUCUGCUACCAAAAGGGCACUCAGAAAUUUUCAUAUAUAGCUGACAUUCAGACUGUGACAUUUUUUCCUCUUCAAACUGAUUCUAUGAGGCUUUGUUGUACCAUGUUAGCUAUUUGCAGCACGGGGAAAUGCACUCAGUGCUUAUGUGUCCCUGUGGUGGGGGGACACCCAGGAGUGGUGUGUACAUCUAAAUGGGAAAGGAGCCUAGCUGAUUACUUGGCUCUGACUUGCACAAAUGUUAUACCCAUAGCGUCUGAGGAGAAAAGUGAAUUUGUUGGCUCAUGAACACUGCUUCGCUGGAAAAUCCUGUGGUCCUUUUUCCAUUCUCCUUUGGUACUCCUUCUCUUUCAGCUGUCUGCCUUGAUUGCAUUCUAGCCCAGUUCAGUGUAAGUAUUUCUGGAUUGUCUGCUCCCUACAUAAGCAAAUCAGAUCUGCUGAAAUGGUGGUGACUAUCUAAACUCCAUAACAGCUGAAGAGCUGUCUUCCAUCCUCUUUUCUUUUACCAAAUCUAGUACUGAACUUUGUUUUUGUUAUUCCCAAAUACAAUUGUCUGGUCUGUGCAUACGUUGAUGUGGUUUUGGAUUUCAAAGAUAUUUCAUUUUUAGCAUCUGCAGAAUAUCUGUUAACACCAGGGUGACAUCCCAAAAUAUUGGACACGUCUGAAUUCUUGUGUGUAUAAAUUUUUAAUUGCUUUCCUCCUCUUCUCCUCCCCCUUGCCAUGUAACCAGGUAUUGCAGUUUUCUCCUCAUGCAUUUACUGCUGAGGUGCCAGGGACUUGUGCUCCCAUAUUGUGAGGAUCGUAAAAGGACAAAGACUGACAUGUCUUCAGAUAUGCUGGAGUGUGUGUCCUAGUAACUAAUACUAAAUGACAGCUCAGCUUUUUAUAUUUUCAGCAAAACAUCUUGGAAUGAGAUUGAUGGAAGGGAUUGGAGCUGACAGAGAGCUGGGAUUGUUUGGUAUCAGUAGGAGGCCUGGGGAGUGCUUAUCAAUCUGCAUAAAUACCUGGUGGGAGAGAGAAAAGAGGCUGAGCCAGGCUUUCUCUGCUGUUAUCCAGUGACAGGACAAAGGGCACAAACUGAAAUAAGGAAAUUCUGUGUAAAUACUGAAAAAUCAAACAAACUUGUUUACAGUAAGAGAAAUGAGACACUGGAAUAUGUUGCCCAGAUGUGAGCUGUGAGUCCCCAUCUUUUGACACCGGAGUGAGACGUGGUUCAGGGCAAACAUCAUCUGAGAAAGAGGCUCUAGAAUAAAAUGAAAUAUCCAACUCUGGACAUUAGGAGAAGGCCUAAUAUAUCUUUGGACAGUGUUCUUGUAAGGGGUCAAGUGUGAAAAUUCUGAAAGUAGCAUGGGACACAAUAGUGUGGUGGUGCUGGGUUUCGUCCCACCACCCCUGAGAAAGCGCUGGGCAGCAGUGCUGUCCUUGUGCUCAUAGUAGCCCCACCUCCUUUCCACCAGGCACCUGUAGAGCCUUUUUGUUGCUCUCCCAGUGCCUUUCUGAAUGAUGCAAAUAAAGGCUAGCAGAAGUGAGCUCCAGUCAGAAGAAAUCAAGGUGUUGCAGUGAGAUGCGCUUCAGUGGCUUUGCAAAGCAAAAGCAUUGCCUUAGCAUCCUCUAGUCAUUGUAGUUAUCUCCCUCUUCUGCUUCGCUGUCAUGCAUUCUGUCCUUGGGCUUCUAAGGCUGUUCCAGGCUUUUUACUUGUUUUUCUGGGGAUCGUAAUGAAGCAGCAGGCAGAAGUGGAGGCUGAAGCAAAGCCUGUGCCCUGCACUGCACCCUUUGUGCCAGGCUGAGGGGCUAGAAGUGAGCACAGCACUCAGGGCAGCUGCAGACUGCUGACUGUGAAGUUUUAGGGUUUUGUUUGAAAUCAAGGCUAUAGAUCCCUUGACUAGACAGGGGUGGACAGGGUGGGAUCAGUGAUUUAGUUUUUUCUUCUGCUUACACCUGUACGAAUCCACAGCUUUCCCAACAUUAUUUUCAGCCAGCUUUAAGGAGUGAGGAGAAUCUUAGCAUUUCAUGCAUCAAAGGGAGCCACACAAUAAAAUUGCCAUCUCUUAUCUUCCAGCCACUGGACAAGCAGCAAGCUUUGGUACGGCGAGAAUCUGUUGUUAACAUGCAAAACUUCAAAAGGCAGUAUGCCAGAAGGCGGUGGAAGCUUUCUUACAGCAUUGUCUCCUUGUGCAACCA